AAGCGGCGCGGCUCGUUCAAGAUGGCGGAGAUGGACCAGCUGUUAGACGAGAGUUCCUCAGCUGAGGCACUUGUCAGUCUGAAAGAGGGCAGUUUGUCCAACACUCUGAAUGAAAAGAACAGCUUCACAAGAGCUCACAACACCAGGGGACGGCAUACCUCUGUCACAAUGGACACACCCACACGGAGUUCAAAGAGGAGUCGUUCGUUUCGGGAUGAUGAUGAAUCGCCCCAGCAGCGUCCCCCUUCCAGAUCACCUCGGCGGAGCCAGAGGGUCACAACUACACCACAGAAAUUUUCUAAUGUCGUGACACCAGACAAGAAAGCAUCACAGAAAAUAGGGCUGAGAUUAAGAAACCUUCUUAAACUACCCAAAGCUCACAAAUGGUGCAUAUAUGAAUGGUUCUAUUCCAACAUUGACAGACCUCUUUUUGAGGGUGACAAUGAAUUCUGCCUGUGCCUCAAAGAAUCUUUCCCCAACUUGAAAACAAGAAAACUGACAAGAGUGGAGUGGGGAACAAUCAGGAGAUUGAUGGGAAAACCUCGACGGUGUUCGUCAGCGUUCUUUGUUGAAGAGAGAACAGCUCUGAGACAGAAGCGGCAGAAAAUGCGGCUGCUGCAGCAGAGAAAACUGUCUGAUGUCUCAAACUGCAAAGACCUCCCUGAUGAAAUCCCUUUGCCUCUCAUCAUUGGAACCAAAGUCACUGCUCGACUCCGAGGUGUCCACGAUGGGCUGUUCACAGGACAGAUAGACGCAGUCGACACCAGUGCUGCCACUUAUCGUGUCACCUUUGACCGCAAUGGUCUGGGAACUCACACUGUGCCGGAUUAUGAAGUGUUGAGCAAUGAGCCCAAUGAGACCAUGCCCAUCUCAGCCUUCGCCCAGAAACAUCGGUCAACACGCUACAUGCAGAACCUCAUGACUCCACCGAGAGGGCCCUACCCGUCCGCUACUACUCCUGUUCACUUGGACAAUGAUCCUCUUAUGAACCAGUCACCAUGGAGGAACAAGCUGCCUGGUGCUGAAGGAGAGACACUUGGAGGAUUUCCUGUUAAAUUCUUGGUCCAAGUUACAAGGCUAUCUAAAAUCCUCAUGAUCAAGAAAGAGCACAUCAAGCACCUGAAAGAAAUGAACACAGAAGCUGAGAAACUGAAGUCAUACUCGUUGCCAAUUGACCUAGACUUUCAGAAGCGAUAUGCUACCAUCGUGCUGGAGCUGGAACAGCUUAAUAAAGAUCUGAACAAGGUGCUACAUGAAGUUCAACAAUUCUGCUGUGAACUUGCCCCAGAUCAAGGUAUGGUUCCAGCCGACCAUCCCACGGAGCUGCGGCGGCGUUGUGAAGAGCAGGCCCAGCAGAUGGUGCAGCUGAGCAACUCCCAGUGGGACGGACAGCAGAGCGUAACAGAUCCCACCAUCACAAACCUCAUCACCCGCCUCACAGCUCUACUCCUACAGAUAAAGUGUCUGGCAGAUGGAGGCGAUUUGAAUUCAUUUGAGUUUAAAUCCCUAACAGACUCACUUAAUGACAUCAAGGCAUCGAUUGAUCCCUCCAACCUCAGUUGCUUUCAGAAUAAUGUUGAGAUCCAUGUGGCACACAUCCAGAGCGGUCUGAGUCAGCUGGGAAAUCUGCACGCAUUCUCUGCCAACAACACCAAUGCAGUUUGAGCACUUGUAUCAUCCCUUCCCCACACAAACGGUCUUAUCACUUGAAAUGUUUAGAUUUAAAAAAAAAAAAGAAGACUCAUUUUUGUCGAGGAUCAACAUGAUACAUUCUGAAUUUGGAUGGACUUCUGCCCAGAUUCCUGAGGUUAAUAAAGUGGGGGAGAAUGUCAUGGUUUUUUACCCACCCGAUUUAUGGUCUAGAAAUGUUUGUGCAACCAACUCAUCACAAGCCUGAUGAACAGUCUUACGCUAUUGCUACAAUCCACAUCUCCAAACUCUGAUUGUUAUUUAUUGGUUUCACGUGCCAAACAUUGAUUCUACCAGUUUUUUAUAGUUCUUAUUUAUUUAUUUUAGUGCAAGUGUGUAUAUUUGAGAAACAAUAUUUAGCUUUCAAGAACAUUUUCCUUUUUAAGUGUUAAGUUCUGCUCCACUGUUGAGCACAGAGGAAGCUCAAGAAUGUUUGAAAAAUAACUGUAGAUAACUGUACAAUAUGAUUUAUUAGAACUAUUGUUAACAUUUCUGCUGUGUAUUGAGAAAUGACUUUUGUACGUUUGUGUGCACUAAAGAGAUUUUUGAUUUUCUUUUGUAAUAAUAUAUAUAAAUAUAUAUAUAAAGGAGAACUCGGGGAGGGUCAAUGCCUUUUACUCUCUAAGAUCGUAGCAUUUCCACAUUGGCAUGGCUGCUGCUGUAACCCCAACUUAAAGCCUGCAAAACUGUAACCCUGUAAUUUUCAAGUCAACCAUUCUUUUCUAUAUAUUUUUUUCUCCUCCCAAUUUUGUAAAGUUGUAAAUUCAAGUGCCUCAGGGCAGUUGUACAUAAAUUUUUCCCUUGUUUUAUAUUAAACAUAUUUCA